AUUGAGCCAGACAAUCAGGAUCUUUUAGAAAUAAAGACUUGCUCUUACGGAGAACGCCAGAAGCUUCCAACACAGGAAGGUGGCCAAACAGCAAAAGCAGAGGGAGAUUCACGAACCAACCCAAAACCUCUUGAUUGCACAUGUAUGUAAACCCAAAUAGAAAGCAUGACCAUUACCCAGGUCUUUACAUAAUAAGGUGGAUCAACACCUCGUCAAGGAACAUGGCUUUUUCCUCUGCCAAUUAAUUAAUCAAGGAAUAAACAAUCCCAACAAAAACUGAAUUGUUAGAGCGCAAAUUGUAGCAGGCUCGCGUUAAGGCAGCAGUUUAGCGUAAGCAACUGCGAGAGCCUUAACUUGUUUUUUAAACAGGUUGUACAUGUUUAAAGUUAAUUUAUUUUGUCCAUGGAGCUUGACGGCGGCUCGAUCAAAGAAGCAGUGCAGACGGAUACUCGCAGUGGUUUCUCUCCCUUUCUAGCGUAGCGUCCGGCCUGGAGAAACCACUGCUCGCAGUUUUCAGGCAGAACACAAACUCAGUCUUGUAUUAAUUUUAUAUUUCAGCAAUAGCGGAGACCCGCAAAAAGUGCCGGCAAUGACGCUUUUCUUAAAGGUGAUUUUGUCAAGGCUAUAAACUUCUACACAGGGAAUUGAGGUGAAAUGCCAGGAUGAGGAUCUGAAUGCCAAAUUGCACAACAACAGGGCGUCAGCCCAUUAUCACUUGGGUAAAGUAUAAUUCAGGUUUAUAUCAUGCAUCGUCAGCAUUGCAUUUUCUAUCGUUUCACAACAGAACUCGAGGAUUCUCUUUUGUUAUCCAGCAUUCUGUUGUCUGUUCUGGGUCGAGACUUUUAAAUACCUGACGCGCUAUAUUUGCGCUUAAUACCCUCGUCUUUAAAAAGAGGAUAGUGCUCGGUCUUAUUUGCUUGUUCGGGAACGGCUGAGGUAUGAGCUGAAAGCUGUCUGUUCUUAGACCGCCUAUCAAACCCAAAUGUUGAUCUUUCAGAAUGCAGCCAGCUUGCCUGGGCGUCCCAGCCCUUCCGUCCAGAGUCUCCCUCCCCUCCCCAGAGUCUGCACUUAUUGAUGUACGUUCACGUGUCGACCAAAAUUUCUAGCACCAGUAGGCCAUUUCCGAGUUUUCCUGGGCCUCUGCAUCAAAACGAGGUUAAGUGCUCAGCCUUUGAUAUCGAAAGGAUUUGUCAUUCUUAUGCAAAAUAAAACUCAUUUCCAUGAGAAAGGUUGAGUACUUGGCCUCAUUUUUGGGAACUCCGAGGUGGUGUAUUAGAAAAGGCUUGAAGAUUUGCCAUUUGCAUCUCCCAUAAUACAACUUGUUUUGCCCCACCCCUGCCCCCAAAAAAAAAAAAAAAAAAAUCAUAAGUAUUGUCCUCAGUUUAUCUUGGGAAGUCUCUAAUGCCCAAGAGCAGGAGAAAGUAGAAACCAAGGUUCUGCAUAUUUUGGGGGUCAAACAAGGUAAAGGUGUAUUAUGGGAAAUUGUUUAAUGGCGAAUAUAAGCAUUGCACCCUCUCGGCAACAUUGCAGUGCUUAUUGUUUUUAUUGCUUUUUGUUAGGAGAUUGUCAAUGCUGAUGUAACUUACUAUUAUUUUUGAUUUCAUUAUGGGUCUGAAUCUGUAAUUCUCUUUCUUUAUUAAAGGUGAUUAUCAGAAUUCCCUGAGUGACGCAAAAGCUGCAGUAUCGUUACAACCUACUUACCUAAAGGCUAUUGUUAGAGGUAACCAUUUAGAUGCCUUUAAUACCUUUAUUAACACUUCGUUUUUACAUAAUAAUUACUAGGCAGGCUGACAAUUACUGAAGAGCUUGUCGCGGCAAGCCAGACUGUACACAAGAUUUUCUUACGUAAACAUUCAUAUUUUUAUACAAUAUAUAAACAUUUUAAAUACAAUUAAAACAUAUGUACUCAUUACACCUUCCAUUUUGUAAAUAUUUAGAAAGAUUAAUUAUUAAGAAGAAAACAAUUAGAACAAAAGAGCAAUAUGUACAAACUGAACUUAACUUAAUUUUUUGCGUCAUGAAUUAGCGUAUGUACUUUAAGCGUUAGACUUAUUUUGAAAUUUAUUUAUUUAUUUAUUUAUUUAUUUAUUUUAUCGCUUCCACCAUGGUUGCAAUACUAGAAAAUAUACAUUUGAACAAAUUUAGUACAAGAACAAUCGGCGAUGGUGCGCGGGACACAUAACAGGGCGUAUCUUCCAAUUUCAGUCGUGCCCUUAAGGAAACUACACAAAAUAACUUACUAUGCUCAAUAACAUAACAUUACUACUUCGCAGCAAGGCAUCAAAGUUUGACACCAAAUAAGUGUAUCACUCAACCAUCAACCUCAUAGCCUUUUAUGCCGAUAACGACAUAGCCGUUUUUUGUCUUAAGCUUCUCAAAAAUACAGGGAAUCUCAUAAAGAUAAAGUCACGCGCUAUUUUAGGUGGUUCAUCGUUUUGACAGCAGGUCUCAGUAGAUUGGUCAGAAUGAUAUCACCCACAAUAUUAUGCCAGUCCUGUUUCCUGUCGCUUUCGUUGUCAACCCUAUCAAAGGGAAUUUCCUGAAAAAAUUCUUUUAAAAGAAGAUGGAUCUUUGGGAGCUGAAACCCGUCUAUUAGAUACCUUUAAUAGGAAGAAGACCGUGAAACUCCCUCGAAUGAGCUUUACUUUUCAAAAAUAACAAGAACAAAAAAGGUUCAAAAGCAGAUGGAGCAUAAAAACAGGAGUAAAGAGGACGGUACGUCUGUUAAAAAUUUAAUAACAAUUCAUUGAUGCAUAAUUCUCUAUUCAAUGUUGUUUCUUUCCAAAAACUGAAAAAUAGUAACAUGCUGGAAAGCAAUUAAGGAGGUUUCAAUUCAAGUUCCACGCUAAAAGAUAUCGCGCACAUCUUAAAAGCAUCAGUAAUUGAUAUUUGUCAAUUUCCUUUUAGGGGCGACUUCCUGUUGGAAACUAAAAGAGUUUGAAGAAGCUGUUGAGUGGUGUGAUCAAGGGCUAUCAGUAUCCUUUUAUUUAUUGGAUGUACUGUCAACGUCUUUAACGGUCAUUUUCAUGGCUACACCAUAACAGUAAUUUCUUUGCUUCGCAAGUUGAAAUGGAAACAAGUUGGGGUUUAUUCUUCAAAUAAGAGAUCAAAUUUUAAGGUAAACAUCGGUUCACUCAUCAUUGCCAGUGUGGCGUCACAUACCAACAGGCGAGAGCUUCGGGUCGCUAUAUGUGCAGAUUUUCAAGCGACACCAUAGUCAUUCGAACAAGAGAGGUCGGGGAUAAGAUUAUAAGCUAGGCAAAUAUUGCUAUACAUCGCUACUUUGAUCGAAGGUGUGUGAGCUUUGUUGUUGGUUUUAUCUCAGGGGGUGUUAUCUGCUCGUGUAAACCUUUUUCGUAUUUUCUGUCUACUCCGUAAUUGUGUAAUUUGUUAAUUUGUGUCUCGGGACGUGUUUCUGGAUCAUCAUGUUCUUUACGGGACCAACAAGGGCAUAAGUAAUCACUUCAUUUUUUUUUCUAAAAUAGGCAACGUCUAGUAUCCAGAAUAGGAGGUUCAAUUCAUGGGUCACACACGUUCUUGCGCUAAUUAAAUCGACCGUACUUCUCAUCAAUCUCUUCGAGUGUGGGCCUCUGUUUAUUUCUGAAUUCGCCAUUAAAUUCAGUACAGCUAGUUUGAUCGAUUUUCUACCACAAUCGGCCUUUUGAACCCGAAAUUAUGCGAAAUAGCUUUGAAAUACGUGCUUAAGCUAAUUUGUUCUCAAAUGUUUCUUUGAAUUCAUGAUAAAUACGGCUCUACUAGCUUGAAACAGCGUCUAUAGCAGAGAACAAUGGUUUUAAUAUAACAUUUACUUUCCCCAAAAACUCAGUCAGACCGUGGUGCAGUGGUCAAGGAGUUGUUUGCAAGUGCAGAUGAACUAGGUUCGACUCCCGGCGAAGCUGCUUUCCGUUUCUUUAUUAUAAUGUUUUCUAUCUAAGUUUUCAGUUUUAAUCCUGAUUUUUACCUUUGGCUUAUUCAGACCUUUCCCUUUAUUCUUACUCUUGACUCUUUACAGCUUUGCGAGAUUUUCGCGAUAACGUAUUUCUAAUAACUUUGUUUUUUGUGUUGUACAGCGUAAAAGCCCUAGCUAUAGGUAAACCACACAAAAGCCAAGUUACUGGAAAUACGUUAUCGCUAAAACCUCGCAAAGAGUAAGCAGUAAGGGUAAGCAAGCCAUAGGGAAAAACAGGAUUAAAAAACAAAAACUAAACACGAAAAAAUGGAGAAAUUGAGAAUCAAAAGACUGCUUCGCUGGGAGUCGAACCUAGAGUAGUUCAUCUGCACCCGGUUAGACUACGAGUAGUCCCCCAAUUUCCUCAGGGAUAGUAGAGCGUGCGAAACGCGAGCGCGCGUGAAAAUCACCCCACCCGAGAAAAGGCGACACGCGGCGGGGAGAGAUUUUUCUCUCUCCGCGCCACGUGUCGCCUUUUCUCGGGUGGGGUGAUUUUCACGCGCGCUUGCGUUUCGCACGCUCUACUAUCUCUGAGGAAAAAUGGGGGACUACUCGUAGUCUAGCACCCGGGAGCAACCCCUUGACCAUUGCACCACGGUACCACUCAACUUUUGGUGAAGUAAAUUUGUUAUAUUAAAACUAUUUUUCUCUGUCAUAGACGCUGUUUGAAGCUGGUGAAGCUGCAUUUAUCAUUAAUUCAAAGAAAAAUUUGAGACAAAAUUAGCUUAAGCACGUAUUUCAACAUUAGCGGUGGGAUUUGAGCCAAUGCGAAACAAUAAAUAUUUUGAAUGAUAAUGAUAUAAUAAUUAUAAAAUUGAAUUAUAAUUAAUAUUAAAAAAUCUCCCAGAGAAUCCUUUGGCGUAUUUUUUGAAAAGCUUUAUAACUUUGACAAUUUUAUACGUAGAAGACUGACAGACCACAACAAGAUAACAUUUGCCAUAAAAUAUCUUCUCAUGUCGCAUCUAAGGAAAUAACGUUAUCAGUCACGUGACUAUCGCUGAAUUAGGUUUUUUUGUUUGUUGCUGUGACAAGAUUUCAUAAAAAAGUUAGAAACAAACAGCAUAUUUGAGAUUUAAGGUGUGUUGGGCAUUUAAAAAUAACCAGUUGACGUCUGGCAUUUAAAAUUUAAGGGGGUAAUGAACAUGAGCAAAAAAGUCGGGAGACUAGGCCGAGAGCUGUAGAGAGUCAACCUUUCAUCACACGGCAAGAGAAAAUUUGCGGGAAAGUAAUGUUCUAAAUACAAUUUUUCUCAUGACCGAAAGAGGGACAUGACGACAUCAUUCACGUGAUCAAAGAGUUUUGAAUGUUUUAGUUCAUUUUUAAAGUACCUUUUUGUCUUAAAUAGGCAAGUUUGUGUUGUUUUUCUCAACAAUUCUUUACACUGCAUUGUCUCUGAGUAAUUAUUAUUCCAUUUUUAAAGCAGAAGCAAACAAAAACUGAGUCAGAAUUUUAAAAGUUGCGUAAAUUGACCGCUAUUGCAAGUUAAAAUCGGAAAGGAGACUUACUUUUGAGACUUUUGUAAAAUCCUUUUUCAACUUAACUGUUUGUUCGCCGAAAUAAAUGUUCAACGUCUGUUAAGAAAAGAGAACUUUUAAAGCUAAAAGGAUGUAUUUGGCGGAAAUAUUGUUUUUCUUCAUUCCGGGGAGAGAGAUCAUGUAGCAGUUCUUCCAACCCUAAUAGCCAAAUGGUUUGCUUCCCUGACCUAAAACAAUGGAAAUAAUGAUAAACAAUGUUGUGUUAAUAUUUUCGCCGACCGAUGAAAAGACACCUUACAAGCAGGAUAAAUGUUUUCCACCCAGGGAUAAUCAAAGGCAGCGUUAUCGUUUGAAUGAAUAUAUACCAAUAUUGGGGGUGUAUUUCGCACAUAUUUACUCAGGGUGUUUAAUUAGGUUUAAUAACUUAUUGUUCGUGGCUGAAACGCAAGUCUGUUGUUUGCCGCUUUCUAAAACCUUGUUACCGAACUUGACCAUCCUAAGAUUGACAAUUUUAACAAAACGCUCUUAGAAAUAAGGAGGUCAUAUGUAAAUGUUGAAUAUAAGCUCCCAGAAAAGCAAAAGGAGAUUCCAAAGAAGUCAGAGGCUACCACUGUGAAAGAAACGGUAAGUGGUUAGUGUACAUAACAUAUAUACGAGCUGGAUAUCUGAUAAUUUGCGAGUCACGAGCAGGAAUCGAUCCCGGAGUGCUAAGUCUGCAGUCUCCUGCCCUAACCACUAGACCACCGAGGAUUCGCUGCAGGACGACGUUGGAGUAAUUUAAGUACUGUAGCGAAAACCCUAACCCUAAAUAGAAGCUAACCGUUAACCCUAAUCACUAUUCUAAGUGCUUAACCCUAAUCAGUAUGGCCCGUGCUUAACCCUAAUCAGUAUGGUCAGUGCUUAACCCUAAUCAGUAUUUUCAGUGCUUAACCCUAAUCAGUAUUGUUAGUGCUUAACCCUAAUCUCUAUAGUCAGGGCUCACUCAUAUAUGUAUACAUAUAUUCAAUUACUUUGUGUAGGCAUCAUAAGAUAUCCAAGGGCGGUUUGAGAUAUGGAAACUAGCGUUUACCGCUUCAACCAAACUCUAGACUUAAGAUCUUUAAAGCAUUUCAGGAUCGCUUGACUUUUCUUAAUUAAUCGAAAUAUGAUGGUUUGGUUUCACUGGAUUUUUUUCGAUUUGUGAAAUGUACCGAGAAUAUAUAUAGGACUGCCGGUCAUUUAGUGUUUUGAAGAGGGGGUGAAAGGUACGGUGGCCCAGAAGGGUCACACAUGUAAAUUAAAAAUGUUGCCGUAAAUUAAAAACAGUACAUGCAAACUAAAAAUAUUACCCGCAAAUUAAAAAUAGUACACGCAAACUAGAAAUAUUACAUGCAAAUUAAAUAUAGUACAUGCAAACUAAAAAUCGUGCUGCAAAUUGAAAAUAGAAAACAUAUCAAAAGUAGGUUGAGUUUGAUCGUCCGGAUGAACGUAGUCCUGAAUAGGACUGUUGUUGUUGACAGUGACUGAAGUUUCAUAGCCAAUAACAUCACGGCUUAACUGACAGACGACCAAUAACAUCACGACGUAAUUGACCAAUCAAAUCAAUAACCAGAGUAUAAUACCAUCAACUGACGUGAUACAAAUCACUUUGACUCUGAAGAUGACUACCGCACAGGUUGUCGAAACGUCAGUCACUGUCAACAACAACAGUCCUAUUCAGGACAACGUUCACCCGGACGAUCAAACUCAACCUACUUUUGAAAUGACUCCUGGGUUCAAACCUUUCACAGAAAACAUAUCGAUGCAAAUUAAAAAUGAAAAGUCCUGCGCGCGCAGUAUGAGUGAUGAGGACCUGGUCCGAGCCGUGCGACCCGGCCUUACAGCCGUCGGCCCGUUCAUGUUUCAUGUUUGUAAUAUUUUUAGUUUGCAUGUACAAUUUUUAAUUUGCAUAUCUUAUUUUUAAUUUGCAGCAACAUUUUUAAUUUGCAGGUAAAAUUUUUAGUUUGCAGCAACAUUUUUAAUUUGCAUGUGUGACCCUUCUGGGCCACCGUAGAAAGGGGUUAUUGCGUGAUUCGUGACUAAGUGUUUUUAAUUUUCUUGAAAGGUGAAAAUACGGAUAUAAAACCCGUGAACUGUGACUGGUUUGCUUGUCGUGAUACGUGAACUUUAAAAUCUUUUACCCGAUAUUCGUAAUUUUCAACUAAUUUUUUCGUGAAAAUAGUCUCAACUGAAGACAAAUUUUACAGGGAAGCCAUUGGAACUUCAAAUGAAUUUGUCUAAAAGGUCUUAACAGACUCAAAGGCCGGUUAUUUAAACGAAGGUUAGCCAGUGGUUGACAAAACCGUGUUCUAAGCCAUUUUCAAUUUUUUAUUCAACGCUUUUAUUUUAACACCGGUUAUCGUGAACGUUUCAUGGCAGCAACAGGGUAGACUGGAGAAACAACAGAUACAAUUAUUUUCUUAACCCUUUUCGGACGGCUAGGGUCGUAUACGUCCCCAUAUGGUAAAAUGUAUACAAUUUUCUUUUGACCAAUUUAGCUUUCAGUUGAUGUUAAUAAAUUGGUAAGCAACAACGUCAGCAAAGAUAUACCUUUCCAGGGAUACCUCGUUUUGGGAUAUUCUUACUAACCCUGACAGAGUUACACUUACAAAAAAAGGUAAAAUUUUGGGGAAAAUUCCACUGCCAUUUUCCUUGUUUACAUACUACUUGAAAAUUAAACUUGUCCCUUUCCUAAAAAGUUAGCCGGCCACAAUUCCAUGCAAAAGAAAGACGAUAAAGUGGGCAACAAAACCGCCAAUAAAGAAGGGAAAAAAGAAAGCGAGAGAGAAAGAUCGAAAUAGAUCCGCCAAGAAAAGUCCAAAUUUUGGCUUUUGCGCAUGCGUGAAAAACAAAAAAGCUGUUUAAUUUCGUCAGAUUAGUCGGAAAAUAUGUCUUUUUUCUUCGAAAACUCGUUUUUAGCCACAAUUAUGCUAAUUAGCCGAAAACUAGUCCAAGGAAGAGGAAUUGGUGAAAAAUGCAGUUUUUCGCUACUCGCCGGCCGUCACCAAAGGGUUAAAAUAACUUACUUAGGAAGAGAUCUGGAUGCCCAAUGAUUUCUUAAACCGCGGCGUAAGUUGGGCUUUGUUUUAAAUAAUCGGCACUUGCAGUCGUUCCUAUAUAUGUCGUCCUAAACUAGGACCAAGCCUGCGAGAGCAGACAACUUUUUUGGCUCUUGUUUCACCCGCCGAGAAAAGGGCGUCUGCGAUCCCGUGCGGGAAACGAUUUCCGUGAGCUGAUGAGUCAGUUUUUUCAACCAAUUAUAAUUCAGCUUUUAUUUUCGUGGAGCUAACACAUGUGGGGUUUGCUUGGGGAUCUUGGUUGCAAUGGCCGGCAGUUUUUAAAUUAGAGGGACAAGUCUUUAAACUGGAAGUAGUAAUAUAUCAUGUAGAUCCUAAAUCUGUGGGAUCCAUGGGUUUUCUUGGAGGUAAAGAUCUAAUUCGAAUACCCAUAAACAGUAAGCAUUCAUCCCUUGAAGCUCUUAAGCGGCACAUCAUUGAGUACACUGGUUCGAAAUCUGAGUCCGAAAAGCGUGGUGUAAUAAGAUCCUCUAUUGAAAUAGAACUCUGUCGGUUAGCCGUGAGAAAAGUCUGCAAAAUGAAGCAAAGCUUCUGCGGUAAACAACGACGACAAAGAGGAUGAAAUGACUUUUCUACGAGCAGUUACUAUAUACUCGUAGGGGAAGAACCGUCAAACUCACUUUUGAGACAAGGGAGAGUCAAAUGACGUUCCUUUUGAGUACUAUAUAUCCAUCAGCAUUAGUCAUCAUUAGUUUACCUUCACCUACAUUUCAUUGUAUGUUUACCUGACUUCCGUUACUUCCCUGCAGUAGUUGUGCAGGUAGGCAAAAAAAGCAAAAAAUCGACUCUACUAUUAAACGUCAAUUAAUUAAAUGGUAACUCAUCAUUAACUCUGCGGACAGCAGCAUUCUGAGCAGGUCCAGCCAAGCACUGUCCUUUUACUUCGAGAAUUUCCAUGACACGUGAACACGGGAUUUUAAUCCCUCGUGAUGCGUUAUUUCUACUUUUUAAUGUCCUCUUGAUUCGCUUGAUUCGUGCGUAGGACCCCCCCCCUUUACCCCCCUCUUUGAAAACCCAGCUGGAAGACCUUGACCGGCAGUCGAGCUGAAAAAAGUUUUAAGUGUCAUGACAAAACAUGGUAUCGUCUUCUGAGCCCAGCGUAAACCAAACGCUAGACUUGAGAUCUAUAAAGCAUUUCAGGAUCGCUUGACUUUUCUUAAUCGACAUAUGAUAGUUUAGAUUAGAGGGAAUUUUUCGAUUUUGUGAAUAUAAUUUUGGGAAUAUAAGACUGCCAGUCAUUUAGUAUCUUCAACACCUUGACCGGUUACCGGCCAUAUAUAUAUAUAUUACCCUGGGUACCAGAGGUUUUUUCUCGCCUGCAUCGGGGAGCUUCCUUUCGUUUUUCGCACGGGUCACUUUUUAAGACUUGACCGAAAGCGAAAACCGGGCAUGAAAAGACUCUGGCAUCCAGGGUACGGCCAUAUAGCCACAGCUUUGAAAUUCAUUUGUUUUAAACUGCUUGAGCACUGUCACUUUUCUCCUUUAUUAGUUUUUUUUUAUAUAUUUCAUGACUUUCUCUGUGUGUUGGUUACUUGAUAGAUCAGAUUUACAUUUCUUUAGCAUUUGAUUUUUGGCAUGUGUGUUUUGGCAUACGGUAUUUAGCAUUUGUUUUCUGGCCGAUCUACUUUUUGGCAUACAUUGUCUGUUUUGAAAAGCAUUUCGUCAGCAUUUCAUCGGUAACUUUUUGGCAUCUCUAUAGCACUCACGCUUAUAAGGGAGCUACAAUUGUACAGAUCCUUGCCCGAAGCUGUACUUGUUCUGACCUUAGGAAUUCAAACCCGACACAGUGGAAGUAUCCGAUUGCAUGUGCACCUGAAUAUUCUAGAAACUUGUUAUCAUCUCCGCAUUUCUUUGAUGCAAAGAUCACUUUAAGCUUAUUUAACGCUUUUUAGUUGUAAAAUAAUUUGCUUUCUCAUGGGAACGUCAACGUCGCUUUACAAUUCGAGGACCGUUUUUUGUGAGCUAAGGCUCUUUGGCUUAUUCGCUUUUUGCUGAACGAAAUCCUCUCGUCAGGCUUGAAUUAAUCUCUUCACUCCUUUCGAUCGCAUCUUCUCCAUAUCAAGUAAUAUCGGGAACAAAUGUGCACAAUUCGUCCAAAUAUACAACAAUGAUCCACGCUCAAUUAUUUCGACGUCCUUUUAACAAUUCCACGUCCAUUUCUUGCAGAUGAUAUUGUCAGCGUUCUUUUAACCUGAGAUCAGGCCCAAUUUUAGCGGUUGUCAUAAAUUAGGCCUGAUACAAACUCUCUCACGUUUGUGCUGGUUACGGCCAGAUUUUGGCCGUAGCGCUGAUUGGCUGUUAGAACAAUGCCACAAGAUCUGAUUGGCUGUCGGAAACGCCGGAAGUUGAAAGCGCUUAUUCCUCGCGUGGUUGUUUUCGUGAAUGAUCCGCCGUCGGCUGAAAGAAGGAUCAAUUUUGCUGUCUUUUCUAUUGUUUUAUGGUCUUAUGGUAGAAAAAUAUGCCUGAAUAUGUGCCAUGGAAAUUCGGAAAAUUCAUAUGGUUGUUCAUAUCUUCUCAGGAUUUGCUUUAUUUACGGAACUAAUGUGAGUGUAUCGCGGAGUUGAAUCCCUCUGCAAGUUGUUGACCGCUAACAAGGUGCCUUUUGAUUUACCAACAAACGAGUGCAAAAUACUGUCAUUCUUAAAACUGGUUUCAUUUGAAAGUUUAGCCGGGAAUAACUUCUCUGAACGGGGUACGCAAGCGAAGGCUCACUGCGAAAGAAACCUCAAUCGCCAACUGUGAAGUAUUAGACGAAAAAUAUCGCAUCGCUGUUCAAGGAUUUUUUGUAGGCAUUAUCAUGAUAUAAAAGCUGGUGGCUUAAAGUAACAGACUGGUUGUUUGCCUUCGCUUUUUGUAAAAAAUAAACCAGGAAAACUGGUGUCCUCGCUCGUUGGCUGUUUGCUUUUUGUUUUUAAAGAUUUAUGUACUGAAAAUCUCGGAAAAUUGCCGAGGAAAAUAUUAAGGCAACAGAAAAAUAGAAAUUUCGAGCGCGCCUAGCCAAAAUAAUAAAACUAGUACAACAUCAUAUCACCGUCUUUUCGAAAACUUUUUACCUUCUACACCAGCAGAAAUAACCUUCGAGAUCUCCCUUAAUCUCGCAAGAAGUUAAAUGUGAUUGUGCUGACUGUGUUAUUUUCAGCUGAAAAAAUUAACAGAUAAAAGCUUUUUUUUAAGUCAGCCAGUCUGCAUUUUUCCCACGCGUGAAAGAUUUGCAUACUAGAAAAACAAGCAACCGAAGUAAUUUUGGUUGGCUGAUUCGGCAAAUGUCAAUCAAUCAAAAAAGUGGGCGGCAGACGUUUCGUAGAAGGUUUGUAUCAGGCCCUCUUUUCGUUUCGCCUUGCCCGCCGGAAUGUAAUUUUUAAAGCGAAACGAAAAUAGAGUCUGAUCUCAGGUUAGUGUUCUUUAGAAUAUUUCCAUUUAAACAAAACCCAUCUUCGGCUGGCUACGCUUUUGUGUCGGGAAAAAAUGUGCGCCUUAUAUACUAGUACCCCCUAGAACGGGCAAGUUACCAGACGUAGAUGAUCGUGUAUUGGGUGAAUGAAUUGUUAAGUUUUCGUCAAAUAAAUUGAGGAGAUUUGGUGGCGAAGUGUUGUUCGUACAUUACAAUAACUACAGACUUACAUAAAUGCCCCUGGUAAUAUAUCAGCGUCUAUAAACAGAGGCAUUGCAAAAGGAAUAAAAAAAAGAAAAAUGGCGAAGGGUCGCUCAGUGGCUAAACACGGUUAGUAUAAUAAAGGUCGACUAUUUGGUUUGGCGUUAUGACUAGCUGAUUAUUGUGAUAAUUCUGCAGAAAGGUAGUUAUUAACGCCAGUAAAGAGAGCAGAAGUGCCCAAAUUGCAUUUUUGCUUUUCUCGCCCCCAACUUUUAAUUCCUUUGCGACCCUUCUCUAUUUGGGCACCACACGGACCGAGAUUUCUCCAUGUAAAGCCAACGUUAAGGUUUUCCGCCUUCUAGAAUGUUCCUGGUAUAGGAUCUUCUCGACCUACAAAACUGUGCGGUACGUGUUCAGAUCUUGUUUAAUGCACUUCAUUAAGAAAUGUGCGAUAGACUUUAUACACUACAAAUAAUACACGUUAAAACAACCUAAAACCUUUUUUCAGCAAAAGACAAACUCAGGCUCGAAAAGCUACGAGUCUGUCACUAGGAGAAAUGAAAACUCUUUGAAAUUUAGAUACUUUUUUUGGGUGAGGAUAGAAAAAGUGCAAAGAGACUCAUCAAACUUCAUUCAAGAGGUAUAUAGGGCACGAGUUAUGGAAAAAAGGUAGCACCCUGAAAAAUUCCUGACUGACAAUGAAUGAAAGCAUGAAUAACAAUUCAAUAGAACAAGAAAGGCGGGUAGUGUUUUCGUGGUGUAGUUGUUGUUGUUGUUGUUUUGUUUUGUUUUGUUUCUUAGCUUUCUUCGUUCACGUUUAAUAAUUAAUACUGAAUGGCAAAUACCUGAUCAAAGCUUUCUUUUCACAACUGAGCCUCUACUUCUUACAUUGGUGAAACCGGCAGAAACCUAAGCACGCGACUGACUGAGCACGAACGAGUGACGAAGAAUGGUGCCGUCAACAAUCACACUGCUGAGCACCAUUUAAAGCCGAAACAUCAAAUUGACUGGGACUCUGCGACAUGUAUAACGUAUUCUACAGCCAACUAUCAACGUCUUACUUUAUAAAGCUGGUUUACUAACUUAGAACAAACGCCACUGAAUCGUAAGCAACAGUUACCAUUUCCGUACAAACGACUUAUUGACGAGAUCAAGCAAAACUAACUACGAGAGAAUGACAAUUUGACUAACAAUAGACGACUGUUUAACUGUGACAAUGGACGGAUCGAAACGCACCAAUUACUGAUUACGAGUCUUCAAAGCCAAUAACAUCACGGCUUAACUGACAGACGACCAAUAACAUCGCGACGUAAUUGACCAAUCAGAUCAAUAACCAGAGUAUAGUACCAUCAACUGACGUGAUAAAACUCACUUUGACUCUGAAGAUGACUACCGCACAAAAACGUCAGUCACUGUCAACAACAACAGUCCUAUUCAGGACUACGUUCACCCGCACGAUCAAACUCAACCUACUUUUGAAAUGACUCCUGGGUUCAAACCUUUCACAUUAAUAAAUUUAUUUAAAUCAAACAAUAAACUUGCAUUCCACAAUUCAGUUAACUUUAGAGCACAUUCAUGUGACUUUUGAGGGAAACGCUAGGUGAUUUUAGAGAAAAUAAUUUGCAAACAGCCCAAGAUAGCCCAAGAUAGCCUCAUAUGUACACCCCCAAAAUAGCAAUCAUCUUCGAUCAUAUUUAAGAGCCAUAAUGGCUCUUGAUCACCGUAGAUUAAUUAGGCCUGGAAAAGAAAUCAGGCCAAAUUUUGCGUUCGACAAGUUUACUUUACAAAAUCCUGCCAACAAAUCUGAGUGCGUGUAAACCAACCUUUUAUACCAUUUAAACAUCACAUCUGAGGUGAAACAGUACUAUGAGGCACUGUUUUUAUCAUACAGACCUCGGACAGAAUGCAGUAUUUCACAAUUUUGCAAUACAAAGUGCACUCAUUCAGUGUUCAGGAAGAUCGAUUGACGCACUCGUGGGCGUUUAGCUAAACCCUUAAAAAAAUUUCCAAAAUCACCUAUGUAUGGCCAGCCGGUUCUCACUUUUGCAGAGCGAGCUGUGGUCGUGUUUGAAUGAACAUUAACAGAGUUACGCUUCAACGUAAUAAAGAAUUUAUUAUGGUUAUUUUUUAUAUAAUGGUUUUAUCGACGUGUAAUCUUCAAAAGCGUUUGAUACGCGCGGCAGUUUGAGUACUCUUGCAAGCGAUGUUCACUGAACGACUGAAAACAAACGGCACAGCGAUUAAAAUUACAAGAGAAAUUACUGACAAUCAAUAAAAGAAAUAUAAUUCGGUGAAACAUAUACAGAGACAACAAUUUUCAUUCACGAAGACAAGUAUUAAAGUGUCUCUAAAAAUCCUGAGUCUUAAAGCUUAAUAAGUUUAUGUUUUAAGCCGGCUUCCUGGUGUUUGCUUCUUUACAAAUACCGUCGGUUGCAUCUAAGUGUGUACACGUGAGGAAAAAACAUGUUGUAAUUCGAGACAAACAUGACAUGUUUUGCCGCCAAACAAUCAAAGUUUGGAGUAGGCGGCUGCUGUCGACUUGAUUUAUUUUCGCUCAAAAAAAAAAAUUUUUGCAAGAAUUUUUAGAAGUUACGAAUAAUUUCUGGCGGCAAGUGUGCUGUUUCUAAGGCUGCGCACAAACGGAAGCAGCAACUCCCAACAAUGUUGGGACCUGCAGUGCAUCGUGGGAAGGAUACAACCCAUAAGUCUUUGUAAACCACGCGUAAUGAGCGUACAUGGCCCCAACAAUGUUGGAAGAGCUGUGCAAACGUGAUCCUUCGGCGAUCACGGAACAAAAGAAAUGUUGGGAGUUGUUGGCUGAAAAGUUUGACCGAUUUCGAACUUUGCACAACAACACGCAACAACAUGCAACAGGGUGUACAAACGGACGCAACAUGUAACGUCCGUGGGAGUUGUUGGCCAACAAUGUUGCGUCCGUUUGCACGGGGCUUAAACGAGAAAUAUGCGUGAAGGUUGGGAAAAAUGAAAUGUGAGCGGAACGCGCUGAUCAAAAACAUAUAAACAACUUACCUUUGGCGCGACAGUUUGCUUUUACGGCUGUCAAAGUUCAAAAGUUUGGCGGCAAAACACGUCUGACUGGCGCCCUAUUAGAUCAUGUUUUUAGCUCAUGGAUGACGUAGUCAUGCCGUGGGCUUUUGGAGGCACUCGAAUGGCGCUCGAUCACUCACUCACUCACUCACUCACUCACUCGAUUCUCAGUAAUUUAUUCAUUAAAGUCAGAUUAAACACUUUACUCUUUACCUCCCUUACUUAGUAUUACUUUUGUUCCAAGUGCCUUUUGCUCAUAUGUUUGGAAUAUUCUAGAGAGUACUAGUAAAGCGUAUCUUUUUCCCCGACACAUCAGUUAUAGAGAUGGGUUUUGUAUAAAUGGAAAUAUUCUAAAGAACACUGAUAAUAUCAUCUGCAAGAAAUGGACUUAGAAUUGUUAAAAGGACAUUGAAAUAAUUGAGCGUGGAUCAUUGUUGUAUAUUUUGGACGAAUUGUGCACAUUUUUUCCCGAUAUUGCUUGAUAUGGAGAAGAUGCGAUCGACAUGAGUGUGAAAGAGCUAUCGCAGCCUGACGAUGGGAUUUCGUUCAGCGAAAAGCGAAUAAGCCAAAGAGCCUUAUAAUCACUGCAAAAAACGGUCCUCGAAUUGUUAAAGCGACGUUGAGGAGUAUCUAUUGUGGUUUCUUGAUAUUUGGACGAAUCCAUUCCACCAUUUGUCUUCGUAUGCAAACAGGGAAUGAAUUAAUGUUACAAGCAUUACGCUAUUUUGCUUGAAUUCUUAGGUGAUCUGUGCCUUAAAGAGGGUUUUUGUUUGUCGGUAAUUCCAUUUAGCAGUGCUAUUAAUUAAUGUAAUUUCUACAAGAAAUACUGCGCUGGUAUACACAAGUCUCUAGAACACCUAGGUGGAGAAAGGCAAUCGGAUACUUUGACUGCGUUUAAAUUACUUAGCUAUGUCAGAGCACGUACAGCUUUGAGCUUAAACCGUUUUAUUAAAAUAAUUUUUAGCUAGUGUUUAUCAAAAGCGCGUUUUAAAGCAGUUUAAUUUAGCCAUAAACGCCUGUAUUCUGUAUUUAAUAGCUCGUUCUACAUAUGCCAGGGGUACCCAACGUCAAUUUUCGGAAAUAUCUAGUCGGAAGACGAUUUGAGAUCUAGAAUUUUCGGAACAUUUUUUGUAAAAUUUCUUGCUUGCCUGCCUCUCCUAGGAUUUUCGAACAUCUAAAAAAAUGGUAUAAUUGCCCAUUUCUAACGGAUUUUUACCCUAAAAAGGUCGCCUAGAAUUUUCGGGAGCCUUUUUUCUACCUGAAAUUUUCGAAAAGAUAAGGUUUGAUCCCUAUAAUUUUCGGAUCACUAGACUUUCAGCUAGGAAAUCCGAACAGAUGAAAAAUUUUUAGGGGAUAAAAUAUGCCUAUAUCUACCGUUUAAAUACUAAAAUACGUUUAACAAUGCUAUGUUUAAGUGGUUUUGAACUAUAUUCUCGUUGGGUGCCCCUGAUAUACUAACCGUUACGUACUCUUUAUGAACAGCAUAUGGAAACAUUUAUUUAAAAGCAUCGCGGCACUUUUAAGAAACCUUCGAGGUCCAUUAAAUUAAUUUUUUAAAACCACGGUUUAAAUAAAACUCGGGCUUAUGUAAAACUUAGCUAUUUUACAAGAAAGUGCAUUGUCGUUCGGAAAGUGUUUGACAGUCACAUGAGAAAGCAAAUUAUUUUACUGCUAAAAAGCGUUAAUAAUUGCUUUUAAAAGUGAUCUUUGCGUUGUAAGUAGAAAUGCUGCGCUGAUAACAAGUUUCUAGAAUAUUCAGGUGCACAUGCAAUCGGAUGCUUCGCGUCACGCUGUACUUUGGCAAGUCCGUACAGAAUGAACCGUCCAAAAAGAUUUAUCUGUUUUUCUUUGAUUAUUGAACUGUCUUUUCUACACUAAUUCAAUUCAUCCAUGAGCUUGCUCCUAGGAGCCUUUGAAUUGUCUCGUGUCCACGCUUAGAUGCAACCGACGGUAUGAACUAUGGGCAAGAAAAUCGCUCAAAGCUUUCUUUUACAGUCAGAAUUAUAACUAAAUAAUCUUUGGAACGUUUUCUUUCUAUUUGCGGUGUAAGCUUAUAUCAAACCUGAUACUCGGUCAGAUCAUUGUCUCAAAUCUUACAAACGUGCAUAAACUAAAUAGCCGCAUAAACUACGCUCGACUUCAUUAAAUUACAUAUAAAAAGCAAACAUCAAAUACAAUAAUUACUCAAAUACCCAAUAAACAAACUAGCCAUGAAUAACAGAAGACUCCUGAUAGCAGCUGAAUUUCAUUUUGUACAUCCAGUGGAAAAAGACAGUUAAAAACAUCACAAGUUGACACAAAACUCUUCAGCUCUCAAAGAAAACAAGAUUCAAGAUGCUACGUAAAUUUUCCGCAUGAUCUCGCCUGUCAAAUUUUGACCAAUCAGAGCAUAAAAAUUGGACGAAGAGCGUGUUCAACGCGUGAUCAUGGUGAGCAAAGACAAAAGGGCAAAAGUUACGUUUGUUUUGACAUUUGUGACGGCAUUGAAAGGGCGUCAUCGGGCGGACAUCGUGUGCGAAUGCAAUUCCCUCAAGAAUUUUGACAUCUGUGGCGGCAUUGAAAGGGCUUCAUCGCACGGAUAUCGUGCGCGAAUUCAAUUCCCGCAAAAAUGUUUCCUUUUAUGUGAUAAACAAGUAAUCGCAAGUGCCCUCGGGCAAUUAAGGAUCAAUUUCACGCCGUAUUUUCAAAAUACGCUUGAAAUUAAUCCUUAAUUGCCCUCGGGCCUGUGCCAUUACAUAUACAAAGCAGGAGCAUGUGCAUUUUUAACUUGAUAACAGGAGGCCAUUCAUAGCGGGUCUUAAAUCAUGAAAAUAUGCAUCGGACUUAAUUACGCCGGAGAUAAUAAACAAGUCGAACCAUACAAGAAAACAAUAGAUAAUCAACCUCACCUUAGAUGAAGCUCUAGAAAGGCAGAAAAUGAGGUCAGAAACAUACUUUGCUGUAAAACCCUGCAUAAACUCAUAACGCAGCCAUCUAUGAAUUCCGCUUAUGUGACGCUUUUCUCAACCGCACAUAAAUAAACAAACUAUCAGACCAGAUUUGAACAUGAAAAACAACCUAAUCUUCAUAUCAACUGUAUAUCAUGUUGUGGCAGCAUUGAAAGAACACAAAAAGUUUAAAACUAAAAUUGCAGAACGUUCCGUUAUAGGUAAACACACUUCAAGAUGCUGCAUACGUAAGUUUCCAUGCCCGAAUUCACCUGUGAAUUCACUUUGCCCAAUUUGAGACCAGAUUAAAGCAAGCUAAAAAUGUAUCUUUCAAGUUUUUUGUCGAAAAUCAAGCAAACAAAACUUCAAGAUUUUUACUGGCAGGAACAACUUCAUUGGCUGCCUCUAGGUGAACUGGUUAACCUUUCACCAAGAUAAACGCAAGCUGCGUAUGUCUUGGACUCACCCUUCCCUUCUCUUGCAGAAUAUCCAUAUCCGUACCCACACAGUCUGUACGGUCGGGUGGGUAGACAGGCGUACGCUAGGUUUUCAAUUUCUGUAGCAAUGGAAGCUGAUGGAGGCUUUUAAUAUGCUUUCGGCGAAAAUAUAAAUAGAGUUUAUCAACAGCAGAAUAUCUUAUCCAUCCAUUUUGAAACGUCUAGGCCAUCUAGAGAUCACAUUGCUCUUUCAAAUCUCAACUUCCAUGUCAGAAUCCUCAUUCAGGGUCGUUGUGCUGUCAUCGUUAGCUUAUCCUUUCUUUGAAAAUGACAUUGAACAAGAUGCAAUUCGCAAACCUUUGUUAAUCAAGAAAGGAACUGACUGGAGUAAUUGUCAUGGAGGACGUCCAUUGGACAGGGGGGCGUUUGUUAGAGAGGAGCGUCUAAUAAGACAAACUUGAAAGCGCAAGGGAGGCGUUCCAUAGACAAGAGGCGUUCAUUAUAGAGGGGGCGUCAAUUAGACCAUUUACUGUACAUGGCUGUAAAUGGAUUUUUCAAGGCAUACCUACACUUAAAGCUAAAACGGCACUUUAAUUUAAGGUCAAUAGUACAACUUUCAACACUUUAUUAUCUUCUUACAAAGUCUUUCAAUUCGUGGUUCCUUAAGUUUGGAGGGAAGCGAUGUGAAUAUAUCUUUUUUUCUUCAGUUCAAGACCUUUAAUUCUUAAAAAUUUAUUAUGACAAAUACCGAAAGUGAAUACAUACAACUCGACAACACCUAAAAAAAAAUGUCAUAAGAGAUAAGGGCAACUGGAUGGGCGCACUUGGAAUUAACUGAUAAAUAAUACAAAAUCAAAAUAACUUGAAGUUUGUAAACGUGACUUGACAUACCACCAGGGCAUUUGAAUUUCCUGAAUGUCAGCUUUUUAAGGUCAAUCACGUGCGGCUCAAGGCAAACUGUUUAUCGUCGCAAAUAAGUUAAAUCCUAACAAAUUAAUACUUAUUCAAGUAUUAAUGACUGAAUCGUAUUGAGGCAAGUAAGCACAUGAUUUAAAUACAAAAGGAUUAAGAAAGUCAUUAACACACAGAACUGUCUCUAAUACCCUUAAUACGUUUUCACCGUAUAUGUGUCACUUAGAUUUGAUCUAAGAGCAAGUUAAUUUUACAGGUGAUUGACUCAUAUCAACCAUCAACGAACUGGUCCGUAAAAAAGCACCCCAUGGAAAUAAUAGAUGAUUUACGGGCAAGCCAUGCUUUACAAGGAGUGAAGACCGGUUUUGGUGAUAUGGUAAAUCUUUCUGCGGAGGAUGCGAAGGACGUGGUAGACUUCUACAGCCGACGACUCGCUACUGCCAAACAUCGGGGAGAUAAAGCUGCUGAAGAAGAUGCGUAUGAUACUCUUGGUUUUGUUUUUCUGAUUCAGCGUGACUACAAAAAGACCAUAGACUGUCUCAGUCGAGCUCUUGAUAUUGUCAAAGAAUUGGGAGACAAGAGGAAGGAAGCAGAUUAUUGUCAAUCUCUCGGCGAUGUUUUCCUAGAAGUUGGCAAUUUCAAUAAAGUGAUUGAGUACCAAAAAGUUGCCCUCAGUCUUUCAGUUCAUCUUGGGGAAAAACUUAUAGAAGCGUUUGCCUACAACUGUCUUGGCAAUGCUUUUCGUGGUUUGUGUAGGUACAAAAAAGCAAUAGACUACUACAACCGCUGUCUCAGUGUUGCCAAAGAUCUGGAUAACAAGAAACUAGAAGCAGUUGCUUAUGGUAAUCUCGGUCAUGCUUUUCACUGUCUUAGUGAUUACAAACAAGCCGAAGUUUAUAGCAGCAAAUCUCUUAGCAUCAUCAAAAGUUUAGGAGACACGUCUGGGGAGGGAAUCGUGUACAGAAAUCUUGGCGAUGUCUAUUCCGGCUGUGGUGAUUACACAAAAGCCCUAGAAUAUUUCAACAGGUCCUUUACUAUUGCUAAUAAUGAGGGGAACAAGGGGGAAAUGGCUCAGGCGAGUGGAAAUCUUGCAAAUGCUUUCCUUAAUCUUGGAGAUACCAAAAACGGAAUAAAAUACGCCAAUCUGCAGCUAACUUGUGCCAAAGAAAUGGGCAACAAAGUUAUGGAAGGAAGGGCCUACGGCACCCUUGGGCAUAUUUAUAAGAUGCUCGGAGACUACAAGAAGGCGAUAGAAUAUAACUACAUGCACCUUGACAUUGCCAAAGCUGUUGGAAACUUGGAAGCUGAAGGUUCCGAGUACGGUGGCCUUGGUAGUAUUUUUGACAGGCUCGGAGAUUUCGAAAAAGCCAUUGACUACCACAAGCAACAUCUUCGUAUUGCUGAAACCAUUGGAAACAAGGCUGGAGAAGGAAUUGCAUAUGGUAAUCUUGGCAACGCUUAUCUUAGCCUUGGAGAUUUCAAUGCAGCCCUCCACUUCUUUGAACACCGCCUUAGAAUUGCGAAAGACCUGAAAGAUAAGGCAGGGGAAGGACGUGCCUAUGGGCACCUCGGCAUAACUUUUCAACGUCUUGGCAACUACAAGAAAGCCAUGAACUAUUACAACUGGCGUCUCCGUAUUGCCCAAGAACUUGGAGACAAGCUUGGGGAAGGGACUGCUUGUGGCUGUUUAGGUACAGUUUCCCAGUUUCUUGGUGACUACAAGAAAGCUAUCGAUUGGCACAACCAACAGCUUAGAAUUGCUAAAAAUAUAGGCGAUCAAGGCAUGGAAGGUAUAGCCCGCAGUUACAUUGGAAAAUGCUUUGAGACGCUGAACGUUUUACCUAAAGCACUAGAAAACCACCAAAGAAGCGUUGAAGUUUUCAAUCAAAUGAGGAGUCUUCUUCAGUCUGAAGAUAAAUGGAAGAUUGGAUUUCGGAACGAAUGUAACUAUGCUUACACAGGCCUUUGUAGAGUUUUGUUAAAACAAGAAAAGAUUGAUGAAGCUCUGGCCGCUGCCGAAGAAGGUCGGGCCCAGUCACUAGCUGAUCUUAUGACAUCCCAGUAUGGUUUUCAUCAAGGUCAAACGGAAGGAAAGUGUCUAGACGAAGAGGAAUUCGGCAUGUUAAACAAUGCGUCAUCAAGCACGAUUUUUCUAUCUGUGUCAGAAAAUAAGAUAAAUAUCUGGCUAGUUUUGAAAGAGAAACCUGUUCUUCACCGACAGAAGACACUUUGCCAUUAUUUUUCAGAAAAUGCAGCUGCUGAAACAUUACAGUCCCUAAUCCAAUUUGCCUACGAAAACAAUGAUGUUCGUGCGAAUGUUAACUGCGAGAAUCGGUCCUUGGAUGUGUUACGCGAAAACCGCUAUACUGUGGAGCGGUCACCCAAAAAGUGCUCACAGCAAAUUCUCCAAGAGGAUAACCUUCCCCUAGCCGCCUUGUACAGCUAUGUGAUUGCCCCGAUAUUAGAUGUGAUUGAGGGCGGUGAGCUAAUAAUUGUCCCGGAUGGUCCAUUAUGGCUAGUACCGUUUGCUGCAUUACUGAAUCCUUUUUCCGAAUACCUGUGUGAAUCAUUCAAAGUCAGAUUAAUUCCUUCGCUUACAAGUUUAAAAAUUAUUGCUCAUUGCCCAAAAUUCCACAGCAGUAGUGGAGCUCUAGUUGUAGGAGAUCCAGAUAUGAGUGAAGUUACCAACAGCCAAGGAGAUCAGAUCCUGGAGCAGCUUUCUUUUGCCAGACAAGAAGCACAGAUGAUUGGGCAGAUUCUUAAUACGGCACCUCUCACUGGAAAAUUGGCCACCAAAUGUAAAGUGCUAAAACAGAUUAGUUCGGUUGCGGUAGUACACAUUGCUGCACAUGGACGCAUGGAAACCGGAGAGAUAGCGUUGAGCCCGAAUCCUGAAAGGCAAUCGCAGAGCCCUGCAGAAGAGGAUUACAUGUUGACAAUGGCAGAUGUGAUGAGUGUGAAGUUGCGAGCCAAGCUAGUUGUCCUUAGUUGUUGUCACAGUGGUCGGGGAGAGAUCAAAGCUGAAGGCGUGGUCGGUAUUGCACGUGCCUUUAUUGGUGCUGGUGCUCGUUCUGUUCUGGUGUCGCUUUGGGCCGUCGAUGAUGAGGCCACGUUGGAGUUCAUGAAAAGCUUCUACCAUAACCUUGUUAAAGAGCGAAGUGCGAGCGAGUCCCUUAACCACGCAAUGAAAUGUCUCAGAGAAUCCGAGACGUUCAGCGAUGUAAAAUACUGGGCGCCUUUUACGCUUAUAGGCGAUGACGUCACUCUCGACAAACAAGAAGAAAUCAGGGUCUCGUAAAUAAAGUAAGAAAUUAUGUCCCCAAAAGGCAGAGAGAUGGUAUGAAACAAAGUCUUGUCGAUCUUUCUACAACUUCAUCUGACUGUGAAAAAAGUAAAUGAGAAUUAUCGCCUGCCUGAAGUUACCCAAAUAAUGCCCGUUUUAGUAAAAGAAGCGGUAUCUUAAUUUUCUUCCGCGGAGAAACAACUCACGGCUGCGUGAGAGACUAGCAGUCUAAGCAAGUGGACAAUUUAUUUCAAUGAUAAACUUUAGCAAGGUCAAUCUCAAGUAUCAUGUUCUGUUUCAUUUUUCGGACAAAUGAAGUACUAUGUCGAAGUUCUUUUCCAUGUAUAUAUUUUACUAUUACUGGGUAAAGGAAAUCAUUAGUUAUACCGAGGACUUCGUUAUAUAGAGGUUCAUUAUAUCUAUCUCCCAUUAUACAGUUGUUCCCUAAAAUUUGUAGAAAAAACUAAUUACAAGGCUGAAAUCUGUGAGUUUUUGUGCUACUAUAGAAAGCAACGAGGCCUUAAAUGUUAAAGGAGCAGUAUCGCGACUGAUAUAUGGUGUUUUCUCAGCACGCUAGUUUCAGCUGUAGUUUUAAGCAGUAUCUGAUUGUUAUCGUGCAGC